CGCGCCGCUGGGGGUCGUAUUACUCAUUUACCAGGCGGCGGACUCGUGAUGUAUAGAACCCUGGAUUACAAACUCAAGACAACAUGGAAGAUAUUCAAUCCUGCGACAAGGCAUCUGUCAAUUCAAAUGUUGGAUCAGAGAAAUCAGAGCUUCUCAAAAGCGCUGACAAUAAAAUGUACCAAACGACCUCGUUCCCGGAAACGGAAAGCGAAAAUCGAUAUCCAAAUACAGUGGAACUUGAUAGAAGCCUCUACAUGGAUAAUACAACCUCGAGUUCUGCCAGUCUUAUGCAUGUCAUAAAAGGCAACCUUGGCAUUGGUAUAUUCAGCCUUCCCCUUGCCAUGAUGAAUGCUGGUACUGUGGCAGGUCCACUGUUGAUGGUUGCUGUGUCUGUUGUAGCAGUUCACUGUAUGCAGAUGUUGGUACAAUGCAGUCAUGCAUAUUGUGACAGGGGGGGUAUGCUGCACCUUGGUUAUGCAGGGGUAGCUGAAAAGUGCAUAGGGCAGUACUACCCACACAAAGCGCACAUAGGAAGGAUUUUAAUCAACAUAUUUCUUCUGAUCACAAUGUUUGGUUUCUGUGCUAUCUACUUUCUGUUUGUUGCUGAAAGCCUACAACAGGCAUUUGAUGCGUAUACCUCAUUUAAGUUAGAUGUCAAGCUUUGGGUCCUAAUAAUAUUAGUCCCAGUGAUUCUGUUAUCCUUCAUCCGGACACUCAAGAUCCUAGCGGUCCUAUCAUCUGUGUCUAAUGUGUUAGCUUUGUUUGGGACAGUCUGUGUGUUGAGCUAUGCCGGUAGCACUGUUCAUGACCCCAGUACACUCCCCUUGACCCAGUGGAAGACAUUACCUCUGGCAUUUGGUGCUGUGGUGUUCACAUAUGAAGGCAUUGGCGUGAUACUUCCGGUUGAGAACAUGAUGGCGAUCCCUCGUCGCUUCCGGUGGGUCCUGUACGCUGGCAUGAGUCUCGUCACGCUGUUAUAUCUACUUAUGGGUGUGUUGGGAUACCUGUCUUGUGGAACCAGUUGUCAGGGCAGCAUUACUCUAAACCUCCCCAACACACCGUUUUACAUGUCGGUGAAGCUGAUCAUUGCGGCCUCCAUCUUCUUGACGUAUUUCAUCCAGUUUUACGUCAUCAUAAGUAUACUGUCCCCGUUUGUCAAGAACCGAGUAAAGCAAACGAUAGCCCCCCUCGUCGAGAUCGCGUUCAGAAUGCUGCUGGUCUGUUUCACAGCAUGUCUCGCAAUUGGGAUCCCGCAGCUAGGUAACAUGAUCUCGCUGGUGGGUUCCCUGGGUAGCACCUCCCUGGCUUUCACUUUCCCUGCCGCUCUGCAUAUAGCUACGUUCUGCUACGACAAGUCCCUCAGCACUCUCUCCUUAAUCAAGGACAUCGGCAUCAUCGUCAUAGGCGUGUUUGGCUCCGUUAUUGGCUUUUAUUUCACUUUGAAGUCUGUCGUGGAGAAUUUUGAACACGAUUCGGCCGCGCACGGUAACAGAACUUUAAUGUCUACAAACUUUGGGACCCCAUUUUAACGAAAUCAAGGGACCAGUACCAGAAUAUGUCUUGUGCUUUAAUCACUAGAAAAUCUAGGACCCCUUUAUAACGAAAUCGAAGGAUCAGAACGUUUCUUAUAAUUGGGUAUCUUUUAUAGCAUGGUAGUUAAUUAAACUCUUCGUUAUCCCGGCAGUCCUCGCGAGACGAGGUUUUCCUGCCUUAAGCAGGCAAAGAGUUAGACUAUAAAAAGUAGGCGGCCGCGUGUCGCUGAGCCUGUCUGGGAUGGGCAAAUCAUGUAUAAAAUAAAUGUCUUAGUAAGUAUAAUGGAAGGCUCUUGGACUGUAAGGUUGUAUGAAAUUGAAAAAAUAGUACUACAAGCUAGGAUCACAAGUGCCUUGUGAGCUAAAUAAAACCCUGACAACGGAUGUGUCGAUUUCCCAGGGUAUAAUGAUAACGCGAAUAGUACUACAAGCUAGGAUCACAAGUGCCUUGUGAGCUAAAUAAAACCCUGACAACGGAUGUGUCGAUUUCCCAGGGUAUAAUGAUAACGCGUCGUUUUAAUAAAAUAUUUGUUUAAUCUGA